CGCAGGUGAGUCCAGUGCUGCGAGUUUGUUUUCUGUUCACUGGUAUAUGAACGUGUAUGUUUGUGCAAAAUAUAAUAGUUACAAUUAAUAAUCAUUUCGCGUCUUCCGUGCACGUGACCUGCUUUUUGUACAUGCGUGAACCGUGAGGAGCGUUUCGCCAUUACAGUGUGAAGAAGAGUUCGGUUUUCAGCGCUUAAUCUGAGAAAUGUCAUCAAGUACCACAACUGAGUCACGAGGCUCGAGGAGAGGCAGGAGAGACAGCUUUGAAAGUGACCGUCCAAACAUGUCCGUGAGGAGGAUGGUUCUGGUAGGAAAGACUGGAGCUGGUAAAAGAUCUUCAGGAAACACAGUUCUGGGCAGAAGAGACUUCAGAGCGGCUAAAGAUGAUUCAUCUGUCACUAAAGAGUGCUGGAAGGAGACGGGCGAGGUGGCAGAGAGAGACAUCACACUUGUGGAUACACCCGGUCUGUUCGACACAGAUAUUUCAGAGGAGAAUCUCAAGCAUGAGAUCAGUAAAUGUGUGAACAUGACGGCACCUGGACCUCACGCCAUCGUUCUGGUCAUUCAGCCGGGUCCAUUCACAGAGGAGGAGAGAAGGUCUGUGGAGAAGAUCAGAGCAAUAUUUGGAGAAGAAGCAGAUAAACACACGAUCAUCCUCUUCACUCACGGUGAUGAACUGACGAGCACUGUCGAGGAAUACCUCAGUGAAGUCAAUAAAGAUCUGAAGGAAGUGUUGAGACGCUGUGGAGGACGCUAUCAUGUCUUCAAUAAUAAUGAAACUGAAGACCGUAUGCAGGUUCUGGAGUUCCUGGAGAAAGUGGAUGAGAUGGUGGCUGUUAAUGGAGGUGGAUUUUACACCAAUGACUCUUAUCAGAGUGUGGAGCAAACACUGAAGAAGAAAGAAGAAGAACUCCGGCAAUCAUAUGAGAAAAAACUACAAGACAUGCAGAUGAAACUAGAAUCAAACUUUCAUGAAGAAAAGAGAAAACUACAGACGACCGUUGAUGCACUAACUGCUUCUAAUGAAGACAAAGAGAAGAAGAUCAGAGAGUUGGAGGAACUGAAUCUGAGAAACAGACUCAGAAUGACCGAGUACAAGCGUUAUUAUGAGACAAAGAUCAGAGAGGUCAGACAAGAAGAAGAACUGACUCAGAUGAAUGAAAGCAUGUUAACGUCGAUCCUCAGAGAGUUUCAAAACAUCCAACUCUCACAACUUUGUUUUAUGCCUUUACACCGCACAUGAUUUUAUUAUCACUUGUAAACAACAUUAUUAUGUCUCUUGAACGGGAACAUUAUUAGAAACAUUUGUUUACAUAUUGUAUGUACAUGUAUACAAGUCUUUUUUAAUGGUUGUAGAAUCAAUAACAUGUUCUUCUGUCUGCUGUAUCAAAGUCUCUUGAGGUCAGUUAUUAUAACCCAUGCAGAAAAAACUCCCUCGACUUGAAUGAGAAAGAUAGAAAUCUUCAAGACUUUUAAUUUAGGAUUACAUUUCAAUUAUAAAUGAACCAAGAAUCAAAUCUUAUACCAACAGUAUUAAAACUGUGUGUCUGAGCUCAAACUGUCCUAUUCACGAGUCGCCCGUCUCGACUAUAAUGCUUCAAUCUGAACUCGCACCUUCGUCACAUUAGAUUUGUGUUGGUUUGUUUUUUUUGUAUAAAUAUUUAUACAUACAUUAUUUGCCUUCAUUAGAUCAUAACUGACUGAGCAACAAGACCUCUUCUCAGGAUUUCUCAGAUGCAGUUUUCUUUUACCAGAAAAAGAUAUCAAGAAAAGAUGAGGCACAUAGAGACUGUGCUAAUGCAAUCCAUUUAAUAGGAUGACAAAACUGAAUAAUCAAUAAAUCACUUAUUUAAUUAAUGUCAUUAUUUAUGAUGACACUAAGGGAUGCUGUGCAGCAAAAUUCAGUGUACAUCUACAAUAAGGACCCUUAUACACUGUAAAAGAAAUUCCGUAGAAAACGAACAUUUUCUGUAAACAGAAAAACAGAAAUAUACCCUAAAAUAUUAUUUUGUUGUAAAAUUAUAGGAUAUAAAGAUAUUUAUUAAAUUGUUUUCCACAUUUUUAUUCUAAAUGUGUCGUCUUGUUCUGUAAUUUUAUAGUUUUUGACCUUAAUUCAAAAAUAAACUGUAAAAAAAGAAAUCUUGUUUAGAAAAACUGACAUUUUCUGCCAGCUGGGCGGCAGAAAUAAACUGUAAAAUAACGGGUUUUCCUUGUAAAAUUGCACUUUCCCUGUUUUUCUUGUAAAUUUACAAUCUAUAAUCUGUAAAUCUGUAAAAAAUAACUGAAAAAAAGUCUGUACAUUUUUACAGUGUAGCCUACUGUACAUAUGUGUCAUUUUUGGUGAUUUGCUGUUUUGUACAUAAGAUCAUCCUACAGUGUAAAGAACAUUAUGUGAAAAUAUAACCCUGGUAUCUUUCAUAUUGACUGAGUAAUGCCAUGUC